AUGAACAGAAAGAAGAAGAUUGCGAAGAGAAACUUUAUCAAUAUGUUCAAAAUAAAAAACGAGCCCAAUCAGAAAUGAAUGCUCACUCCCAAAAUUGCAUGUGCAGAAGUCAAGAAUUCUGCUAAGAAGUACAAAAAACCCAAGACCAAUUCAGAGCUUAAUAAUUACCUAAAAGAAUUCUUUCCAAAAGCAAAGACAGGGUUAAACAAGGAGCACCAGAAGAGAGUGCUAAUUCACAGCGAGACUAGAGGUCCUCUUGAUUUCAAGGAAACCAUGACUACUAACCACCCGAGGCCAAUUGAAACACCGAAUUUACCCAGAGUAGUUUAUCCGACCAGCACUGCUUCGAAUUCAGAGAGAUUUGAUACAAAACGAUUUAUGAAAUUCAGAGAAAUUUUUAAUAAAGAAAAAUAAGGUUGGAAAUUUCGUAAAAACUUUUAACAUGCCAGUUAAGCUUAAUAAUAACAAAACACUUAAAAGAGGUGGUUCAGACCUUAAAAUUAAGACUUUUGCUGAAGAUGAAGAAAUUCAAAAUUUGACGCAAAUGACAACACAUUUCUCAGGACCGAAUGGUGUUCAUAUCUCUAAAACACUAAAAGCUACACCUUUCUCUGGAAAUAGACAGAAACUGAAGCCUACAAAUAUGCAAAAGUUUAAAUAAAGUAAUGAGCUUUACACUCACUAAUAAACUUGACCAUAUGAUGGAUAAAGUUACCAGGCUCAGAAGGACCUGGAAUAGACAUUCGAGGGGAAGGAAUAGAUCGACAAACAUAAAAGAACGAAACACUGGAAUUCUAAUCAAGGACAAUUUUCCUAAAAAUUUCAGAUCACCAAAUAUGCGGGUUACAUUUAACCUGCCAGAUGAAGACUAGAGCUUGAAAAUUAUUCCAAAAAUUGGCCUAAAUUCAUU